CUCGCCGCCGCCCGCCGCCGCCGCCGCCGCACGCCCCCUCCCGGGCCCGCCUCGCCUCCUCCGCCGCGGCGGCGGCUUCUCCCCGCGUAGCUGCGCUACCGGAGGAAACGGAAGAAGGCGCCCGCCAUGGAGGGGAACCGGGAUGAGGCGGAGAAAUGUGUCCAGAUCGCACGGGAGGCCCUGGACGCCGGCAACCGCGACAAGGCCCAACGCUUCCUGCAGAAGGCCGAGAAGCUAUACCCGCUGCCCGCGGCCCGCGCCCUGUUGGAGAUAAUUAUGAAAAAUGGAAGCACUGCUGGAAGCAGCCCUCAUUGCCGAAAACCACCAGGAAGUGGUGAUCAGAGCAAGCCUAACUGCACCAAGGACAGCACUUCUGGCAGUGGUGAGAGCGGGAAGGGCUAUACCAAAGACCAAGUGGAUGGAGUACUCAGCAUAAACAAAUGUAAAAACUACUAUGAAGUACUUGGAGUUACAAAAGAUGCUGGUGAUGAAGAUUUGAAAAGAGCUUAUAGAAAGCUUGCUUUGAAGUUUCAUCCAGAUAAAAACCAUGCACCUGGAGCAACAGAUGCUUUUAAAAAGAUUGGAAAUGCCUAUGCCGUUUUAAGUAAUCCAGAGAAACGAAAACAGUAUGACCUCACAGGCAAUGAAGAACAAGCCUGUAAUCACCAAAACAAUGGCAGAUUUAAUUUCCACAGAGGCUGUGAAGCUGAUAUCACUCCAGAAGACUUAUUCAAUAUAUUUUUUGGUGGGGGAUUUCCUUCAGGUAGUGUGCAUUCAUUUUCAAAUGGCCGUGCUGGCUAUAGCCAUCAACAUCAACAUCGACACAGUGGACAUGAAAGAGAAGAAGAACGAGCAGAUGGAGGUUUUUCUGUGUUUAUCCAGCUGAUGCCCAUUAUUGUAUUGAUCCUGGUGUCAUUAUUAAGCCAAUUGAUGGUCUCUAAUCCUCCUUAUUCCUUAUAUCCUAGAUCUGGAUCAGGGCAAACAAUUAAAAUGCAGACUGAAAACCUGGGCGUUGUUUAUUAUGUCAACAAGGACUUUAAAAAUGAAUAUAAAGGAAUGUUACUACAGAAGGUAGAAAAGAGUGUAGAAGAAGAUUAUGUGACUAAUAUUCGAAAUAAUUGCUGGAAAGAAAGGCAACAAAAAACAGACAUGCAGUACGCCGCCAAAGUAUACCGCGAUGACCGACUGAGAAGGAAAGCCGAUGCCCUUAGCAUGGACAACUGUAAGGAGCUGGAGCGGCUCACCAGUCUCUAUAAGGGAGGAUGAACUGGAAUUCAUGUUUAUACCUUUUAGUAUACUAUUUAUGGUUUCUGUAAAUUUAGUUUCAUCAUGAGAGCUGAAGAAAAAGAUUUGAUAUUAAAAACUCAACUGAGUAGUUGGUUCCUGAAAUCCUGGACUAUUUAUGACCUAUUAUUGGCUUUUUUAAGUCAUAAGAACUGAAGACUAAAAUUAUUAACAUUUCAGUAUGCAUCUGCAAUUAUUUUUCAUCUUAAAAGCUUCUAUGAUUCCUAACUAAAAAUGUCUGAGAGGAUUAUCACACCUGUAGCAAUUUCCAGUUUUAGUGAUUUACCCAUUAUUUCCCUCAUCAUGUAAAUACUUAUGAAAUGAUCAUUUUGUGUACAAUACAGGUAUUGCCUUUUUAUUUAUUUUAGUGUUUAGCUUCAUGAGACACCUAUUUAAGUUGAUGGAAUACAUGCUGUAUGACACAGUAACAUUUUCCCCGCUAGGUGUUGAGUAUAUGGAGCUUAAACAGUGAUACUUUUUUCAACCAGAAAAAAAAAUCCCCAGUUUUAAGUAAAAUCUUAUAGCAUUAUCUCCUUAGAAAAAAGCGAUAUUUUAAAUAUUACCAUUAUAUCCUGAAUACAUAUUGAGAUAAAUGAGCUGAGUAUGACUUUGCUCUUUAGUUUCAUGAAUUGCUAAGCCAUACAUAGAAACAACAUGCAAUACUUACAGAUUUUCAAGAAAAUAUGAAGAGUUGUCAACAGAGAAUUAUAGUUAUUCCAUUUGCAAUUCCAGUAACUAAAACUUAGCCCCAAGUGUUUCUUUACCCUGCCUUUGAAGGCUGCUAGAGUUUAUGAAGAAAAGGACUAACUUUUCCCCCAUGGAAAUCUGCAUUCCUUAGUGACCAUUUUAUGCAGGAUUCAAAAGCAAGUAGAUUCUUCUAUGAAUAAGUAAUGACAAGAAUUACUAUGAACAUACAGCUUUGUGCCUUUUACUGCUGACUCCUAAGUAAAUAAGUAUAUUUAUAGUCACUGACUGACCAGAGCAUGAUUGGUUUGGCCACAUGCAACAGUGAGCAGUAACAGUGACAUAGCAAGGCAUCCGUUAAAAAUUCAGAGCUAAAAUCUAUUCUCCAAUGAGCAUUUUGGUUAAUCUUAUAGGAAUAAGCUCCUUAUAAUUAAAUCCAUAGAAUAAAUUAGGAAAAAAAGAGUAAGAAGUCAGUUUUGGGUGCCUAUAUAUUAGAUAUGAAACUAUUUGAUUUGUUCUGUUUAACAGUUGUAUUGUUUUAAUGAUUUUGCUUCAUACAGUUAAUGAAACAUUAAAUAUUUUUGGUAGACUUUUUUUUGCAAGUGAGAAUAUGCUAGGUAGACUGGCUUUGUUAUUUUGUUUAAAGAAUUUUUCUAGGUCUAGUUGACUCAUGGAAUCUGUUGAAUAAAACCACUAUGAUAAUCUCUUAAAAAUGUUCUCUUCUAUCCCCUUUUCCAUGAAGGUCAAUAGAAAUGUUUAAGUUAGCAGCUGCAACUAAACUUCUUGUCCUAGAAAAACCUAAACCUUUUCUUGAGCCUAUACAAUAAGUUUUGUUUAUUUACAAGUAAGAUUAUAGUUGCAAUUAAUUUUGAAAGUUGAAAUGUAUCAGAAAGUUUGUAUAAAUUUGAAUGAGAAGAAUUAUUUACCUUUCCAGUUUUAAUGGGAAAUUUGCACUUUGAUGGAUACUAACAUAAAUUAAACUUUAUUGAUUGAUUUUUUUUUUCUCCUUAAAUCCCAGCUUUAAAGGGAUAGGUUAACUUGAGUGAAAAUAAAUACACAUCAUAAUGGCAUACCUGGCUUUUGGACAGUAUUAUGUUUCAGGUUCAUUGCUACAUUCCAUUAUAUUCCAUAAUUUAUUAUAAGAAAUGUGUUUGAUAGAAUAAAAAUUUCAGACUAUUGUGGGAAGUGAUUGAGUGCCUGGCAAUUUAAGCUAUGUGUAAAGUAUGCAAGUAAAGACUGAGUCCUUAAUGUCACCUAUGUCCUGGUGUAAUGGCCCAAUAAGUGUCUGAAUUUUAGGUUAAUUUUACAAAGAAGACUUCAGAUAGCCUGAGGUGUAAGAUUCCCAUGUUUGCUCCUCUUUAACAAUUU